GGAGGGGGCUUGGCUGAGAGGAGGAGCGCACUCCCACACCCUCGGACCCAUAAGUCUCUUGGGGUCUUGGCUGGGGCUCCCAGAAAGUGGGCCUGAGCCCCCCUCCCCAAGGGAGGGGGGUGGGAGAGAAACCCCCACGCCUUUCUCUGCCUGCCUGCCUCAGUGGGGAUUGGUGUCUCUUCUAAAGGGUGAGGUGGCUUUGACCCCGGGUGGCCCGGCCUGCACGAUCGAGGAGGUGGCCGGACAGCUGGAGGAUGAACGGAGAAGCCGAUUGUCCCACAGACCUGGAAAUGGCCGCCCCCAAAGGCCAAGACCGCUGGUCCCAGGAAGACAUGCUCACUUUGCUGGAAUGCAUGAAGAACAACCUUCCAUCCAAUGAUAGCUCCAAGUUCAAAACCACCGAGUCACAUAUGGACUGGGAAAAAGUAGCGUUCAAAGACUUUUCUGGAGACAUGUGCAAGCUCAAAUGGGUGGAGAUUUCUAAUGAGGUGAGAAAGUUCCGUACAUUGACAGAAUUGAUCCUUGACGCUCAGGAACAUGUUAAAAACCCUUAUAAGGGCAAAAAACUCAAGAAACACCCAGACUUCCCAAAGAAGCCCCUCACCCCUUACUUCCGCUUCUUCAUGGAGAAGCGGGCCAAGUAUGCAAAACUCCAUCCUGAGAUGAGCAACCUGGACCUGACCAAGAUUCUGUCCAAGAAAUACAAGGAGCUCCCGGAGAAGAAGAAGAUGAAAUAUAUUCAGGACUUCCAGAGAGAGAAACAGGAGUUCGAGCGAAACCUGGCCCGAUUCAGGGAGGACCACCCUGAUCUCAUCCAGAAUGCCAAGAAGUCGGACAUCCCCGAGAAGCCCAAAACUCCCCAGCAGCUGUGGUACACCCACGAGAAGAAAGUGUAUCUCAAAGUGCGGCCAGAUGCCACUACGAAGGAGGUGAAGGACUCCCUGGGGAAGCAGUGGUCUCAGCUCUCGGACAAAAAGAGGCUGAAAUGGAUUCAUAAGGCCCUGGAGCAGCGGAAGGAGUACGAGGAGAUUAUGCGGGACUAUAUCCAGAAGCACCCCGAGCUGAACAUCAGUGAGGAGGGUAUCACCAAGUCCACCCUCACCAAGGCUGAACGCCAGCUCAAGGACAAGUUUGACGGGCGACCCACCAAGCCACCUCCGAACAGCUACUCGCUGUACUGCGCAGAGCUCAUGGCCAGCAUGAAGGACGUGCCCAGCACGGAGCGCAUGGUGCUGUGCAGCCAGCAGUGGAAGCUGCUGUCGCAGAAGGAGAAGGACGCCUACCACAAGAAGUGCGACCAGAAAAAGAAAGACUACGAGGUGGAGCUGCUGCGUUUCCUCGAGAGCCUGCCCGAGGAGGAGCAGCAGCGGGUCCUGGGCGAGGAGAAGAUGCUGAACAUCAACAAGAAGCAAGCCACCAGCCCGGCCUCCAAGAAGCCCUCCCAGGAAGGGGGCAAGGGAGGCUCGGAGAAGCCCAAGCGGCCCGUGUCGGCCAUGUUCAUCUUCUCCGAGGAGAAGCGGCGGCAGCUGCAGGAGGAGCGGCCCGAGCUCUCGGAGAGCGAGCUGACCCGCCUGCUGGCCCGCAUGUGGAACGACCUGUCCGAGAAGAAGAAGGCCAAGUACAAGGCGCGCGAGGCGGCGCUGAAGGCGCAGUCGGAGAGGAAGCCCGGGGCCGAGCGCGAGGAGCGGGGCAAGCUGCCCGAGUCGCCCAAGAGAGCCGAGGAGAUCUGGCAGCAGAGCGUCAUCGGCGACUACCUGGCCCGCUUCAAGAACGACCGGGUGAAGGCCUUGAAAGCCAUGGAGAUGACCUGGAACAACAUGGAGAAGAAGGAGAAGCUGAUGUGGAUUAAGAAGGCGGCCGAAGACCAAAAGCGCUAUGAGAGGGAGCUGAGUGAGAUGAGGGCGCCUCCAGCUGCCGCCAACUCUUCCAAGAAGAUGAAGUUCCAGGGAGAACCCAAGAAGCCGCCCAUGAACGGUUACCAGAAGUUCUCCCAGGAGCUGCUGUCCAACGGCGAGCUGAACCACCUGCCGCUGAAAGAGCGCAUGGUGGAGAUCGGCAGCCGCUGGCAGCGCAUCUCGCAGAGCCAGAAGGAGCACUACAAGAAGUUGGCCGAGGAGCAGCAGAAGCAGUACAAGGUGCACCUGGACCUCUGGGUCAAGAGCCUGUCUCCCCAGGACCGCGCCGCGUAUAAGGAGUACAUCUCCAACAAACGGAAGAGCAUGACCAAGCUGCGGGGCCCGAACCCCAAGUCCAGCCGGACCACCCUGCAGUCCAAGUCGGAGUCGGAGGAGGACGACGAGGACGACGAAGACGAUGAGGACGAGGAGGAGGAGGAGGAAGAUGACGAGAACGGCGACUCCUCCGAGGACGGCGGGGACUCCUCGGAGUCGAGCAGCGAGGAUGAGAGCGAGGACGGCGACGAGAACGACGAGGAGGACGACGAGGAAGACGACGAGGAGGACGACGAGGAGGACGAGGACAACGAGUCCGAGGGCAGCAGCUCCAGCUCCUCCUCUUCAGGGGACUCCUCGGACUCGGACUCCAACUGAGGCCCGCCCCGACUCGCCGCCUCGUUUCCCCCCAUGUUCUGUCCCCUGCCCCCGGCCCCCCACUUUCUUUCUUUCUUUUUUUUUUUUUUUUAAACAAUAUACGGUGGGGGUAGGGGGCUGGAGGAGCCCAGGCCGGGACUCCACGGCCUCAGAGCCAUCUGCCCUGGGAGGGGGGUCCUCCAGGGAGAGCAACCAUCAGACUGAGCCAGCACUGGACCGGCCCGGCCCACCCCUUCUGCACUUGCGGUUCCGGCAUGGACAAUGGACAGGGGAGAGGGGGUGGGGGGUCCAGGAGCUCAGUGAGGCCCUCCACACCUGCAGCCCAACCCAAGGUGGGGUGGAAGCUUGGGGAGGACCCCUUCCUUCCCGGAGGACUUACGCCCCCCACCCCUGCAUUGGAACUGGAGGCAGGGAACAUGUGGGAGAGGCGGGCAGGUGCCUGUGAGGAAACUGGCACUGCCCUGAUGGCCCUCUCCCCUGCCCCCUGCAGGCAGGAGCUGCCGGGACCCACUCACGGGGGAGGGGCAGAAGUGUUUUUUAUAUAUGUGUAUAUAUUUUUUUUUUAAGCUCUGAGCUGUCAACGAGACGUUUCCUACCGAUUCCCGGCUCCGCCUCUGUUGUCAUUUCUGGGAGAGGGAGGGUUUAGGGGGCGGGCUUGGGACUUGAUGCUUGUGGAGGAGAGUGUAUUGAUGUGUGUCCUGUGCAUAGCACGGCUGCACCUGUGUGUGUGCGCGUGCGCGUGUGUGUGUAAGUAAGAGAGAAGGCGGCUUGUCCUGGGGCCCACCUUGGUCUUUAUGGGUCUAGGAAAAGGACUGGUGAGAGCCAGGGAGCUGUCGACCCUGGUGGGCAUGGGCUGAGACCGUUUGCCUGGUCACCAGUUGCAUUCGGAUGGUCCUGAAGCCACUCUGAUGUGGCCUCUGCCGGGGUUACGUGCAUCUCCACUGCGGCUGGUCUCCACUGUCCAGCAGGAAGGUGGGAAGGGGCAGAAGACAGUGGGAACCUUAAAGCUUUUAGUUGGAAAAGGUGUCCCCAGCGCGUUUGAGGGGUCACCCUGGCCACCCAGGGCUUGGACUGGGCUUGGAGAAGAGCGUCAGGUGCUCUACAGUCCUGCAUCCUGCAGCUGCUGCACCCCCCACUCCUGUGUCCUCCAUUUCUCAGGUCUGGACCCGUUCCCUCUCCCCUCCUGCAGCUGGGACAGGGCCCACAAGAGCUGCUGUCCACCACUGCCCCAGCCAUUCCCAGCCUCCCAAGCCUUUUGGGACCUUGCUUCCUUGACUGAAUCAGCCAAGCCACGUUAUUGCUUUACUUCUUUGGUUUUUGUUUUUGACUAAAUUUAGGGUUGGGUUGUUUUUUUAGGGUUGGUGUUUUUUUUUUUUAACAGUCAUGUUAGUGACCUAUUUAACUGGGGCUUUGGGCUAGUCCACCUUACCCCUGGAUGAAAGCCAAGGGAGGGGAAGAGCAGGAACCCGGCUGAGGGCAGGAAAGGGGGAGGUGACAUUGGGCUUCCCUUUGCAGUGGAAAGCAAAGGAUCUGCCGGGACCUUGGUGCUGGGGGUGCGGACCCCCAGCGAGGGGCACUCCUGUCUCCCACUCCUGCCCUGGCCCUCCCAGAAUGAGGUUCAGGGCCUGUUUCUUCCCAGCAGUCCUGGCACUAUUGUGUUCUAGUGGAAUGUGUUUUCAUUUAAAAACAAUUGGGCGCUUUUCCCCCUACUUUAGAAAUUGAAGAUUCUUGCAGUAUGAGUGGGGGUGGGGGUGCUGUAAGAGGUCAAGUGCAUUCUGGUCCUGGGGUGGAAGGACCGCGUCCCUCCCCAUUUUUUUUUUCUUCUAAUAUUUAAGGACUUCUGUAGGUUUCAGCAACAACCACAACCUGGAUUUGUAUCAUGGGAGGUGGAUGGGAAUGACUUGAGAGACAUCCGCCUAAGCUUAAGGCCAAUUGUG